AUUUUGGCUUUUAUCACUACUUAUGUUUGUCUUUCUACAGAAAAAAAAAUAUUAACAAAAUCAAAAAUAUGAGCCGGAGAAGUUUACGAAAUUUGGUUGAUUUGACAUGGAAUGACUCUAUUCAUUUGUGUUAUAUGGACUCAGAUAUGGAUUACCUUUAUUCUUGUUUAUUUGAAGACAGUCAUAUGCAUUUGGGAUGAGUAAAAGAUUUUUAUUUUUGAGUGGACUACCCCCUUAACAUUCAUAUGCUGUCAGUAUGCUAUUCCAAGAUAAGCACUAUUUCCAAGGAAUGCACAUGAAGCACAAGGUGUCACAGAUUAGCACAAACACAACUCACUCAAAUACAACAAACUGGCAAAACAUGAGGGAAGGAGAACACAAUAAAUAGGGAGCAGAAAACAUGAAGAACAGGUGAGCUCAAUCAGUCAAUAAAGACUUCACGAGGGCUUAAACAAAGGGGACAUUAAACAAAGAAACAUUAAACCAAGGCACAUUAAACCAAGACAAGACAGACAGAACAGACAAAUGAAACCCUGAAACCCUGGAGAAACUCUCUGAGAUUCAAACACACUCAACAACAAAUAGAGUGCAAUAAACAAAACACAAGUUUCUUGAGUCUUGUUAUUAUCAAUAUUUGUUUGUAUCAAGGUUUUGUAACAUUAUACUAGAUAGUUUCAAUGUAAGUUAAUUUUGAAUGCAUUUUGUUUAAAUGUAACCUGAAUAAAUCCUGAUAUUCCUGUUUGAACUGUUAAAACAUGAUUUAACAUGUUUAAACACUCACAUGAUCAGAAACAUCACCCUCUUACAAAACUUACCAAGAAGGGACUGACUUGUUUCUCCUGCCAUACCGACUCUCUUCUCUUUCAACAAAAGCAUAAAAGAAUCAGCAAUCAAUGAAGAAGGAAGAGAAACACACUCAUUGAGGAUUUUUGAGAAGUUUGUUUCUGAACAGACAGCAGAUCCUUGUAAUUCUUGUGGUUAUUAAUUUUUGAAACCAUCGUUCAGAAAGUUAAAGUAAAGUUUAGAUUGCUGGAGCUCAAACAGUGAAAUGGCUUCACUAAAUGUAUCUGCAGAAGAACUUUCUUGUGCCGUGUGCUGCGAAAUCUUCAAGGCUCCUGUUGUUUUAUCAUGUAGUCACAGUUUCUGUAAAGAGUGUCUUCAACAGUUCUGGAGAACCAAGAAAACUCAGGAGUGUCCUGUCUGCAGUAGAAGAUCCUCAAGAGAUGAUCCUCCAUGUAAUCUCGUGUUAAAAAACUUGUGUGAGUCGUUCCUGACGGAGAGAAAUGAGAGGCGCUCAUCAGGGUCUGAGGACGAGGUCUGCAGUUUACACAGCGAGAAACUCAAACUCUUCUGUCUGGAGGACGAACAGCCUGUGUGUUUAGUGUGCAGAGAUUCACAGAAACACAUCAAUCACUCAUUCAGACCCAUCAGUGAAGUUGUUCCUGCAUAUAAGAAGGAGCACAAUACAGCAUUGAAGUCCUUACAAGAGAAACUUAAACACAAAGAAAGCAUUAAAGGAAAAUUUGAGAAAACAGUUCAACACAUCAAGUCUCAAGCUGAGCACACGGAGCAGCAGAUUAAACAGCAGUUUAAGAAGCUUCAUCAGUUUCUCAGAGAUGAAGAAGAAGCUACAAUCACUGCACUGAGGGAGGAAGAGGAGCAGAAGAAGCAGAUGAUGAAGGAGAAGCUGGAGGAGAUGAACAGACACAUCUCAGCUCUUUCACACACAAUCAAAGACAUGGAGGAAAUGAUGAAAGCCAAUGAUGUCCGCUUUCUGAAGGAGUUUCCAGUCUCAGUGGAAAGAUUCCAGAUCUCACAGCCGGAUCCACAGAUGCCUUCUGGAGCUUUGAUUCAUGUGCCACGUUACUUGGGAAACCUGCAGUUCAGAGUCUGGAAGAACAUGCAGGACAUUGUCCAAAACACUCCUGUGAUCCUGGAUCCAAACACUGCAAAUCCACGUCUCGUCGUGUCUGAUGAUCUGACCAGCGUAAGAUGGAGCGAGAACAAACAGCCGCUUCCUGAUAAUCCAGAGAGAUUUGACAUCUACGAGUGUGUUCUGGGUUCAGAGGGUUUUAACUCAGGAACACACUGCUGGGAUGUGGAGGUUAAAGAGAGUUCAGCCUGGAGUCUUGGAGUAACUACAGCAUCAAACCACAGAAAGGGAUGGGACAGGAACACUGAUGUCUGGUGGGUGCAGUAUGGACUGGGUGAACGGUUUGGUUUUCCUGUUGAACAGAAGCUUGAUCAUGUGAGAGUUGAUCUGGACUAUGACAGAGGAACGGUGUCAUUCUCUGAUGCUGUAACUAAAACACAUCUACACACAUUCACAACCACCUUCACUGACAAAGUCUUUCCAUUCUUCUAUACUCUUUACCCUUUAAGGAUCUUACCGGACAAUAGUCAGUAAACGUUACACCUGUAGGUCUGGAUCGAUCUGCUUUCAUCUUUUACAGUCAUCAUGUUUCCAAUAUUUGUAUAUGUAAAUCUUCUCAGAAAUGCUCUUAAAGGGAUAGUUUACCCAAAAAUGUUAUUAAUUAUUUCAUCAUUUACUCACCUUCAUGUUGAUCCAGUCCUGUAUGAGUUUCUUUCUUCUGCUGAACACAAAAGAAGAUAUUAUGAAGAAUGUGGUUAACCAAACAGUUUCUGGUCCCCAUCGAUUUCCAUGGCAUUUUUUCCAUACCGUUAGUCAAUGGGGACCAGAAACUGUUUGGUUAACCACAUUCUUCAAAAUGUGAUGGAUGUGACGCUUUCCACCAUCCUCGCUAGUUUUGACGAUGAUCCAGAAUCCAGCAGAACUUCCUGGAGUUUUGUCCAUGCUGCGUCUGAAGGAAGAACACGGACCAACGUUCUACAACAUUCAGUCACCAAAUUCAUACAUAUACUUGUCUGGACCAGGGUUUUAAUUUGGGUCCAAAGACCUCCAUGGGGCCGCAAGGAAAUUCUAGGAGGCCCGUAAAAAAUGUUUAAAGAAACGUUUAAUUAUUAAAAUUAAUAAUUAUUAAUUAUUAAAGUUUAAUUAUUAAUAAUUAAAAUAUUAAAACAAAUAAAUUAGAAAUAAUAAGAUUAAUAUAAAUAAAUGAACAAAAAUAGAUUUGAGUGAAUGAAUGAAUGAAUAUAUAAAAAAUAGAUUAAAAGUGUUAGGGGUUCUCUAAAUGUUUAGUGGAAAAAGUCUAAAAAAUUAUAAAUGAUAAAAUUAAUAAAUUAAUAAACAAAUAACAAAAUGGUUGACUAGAAUAAAUCAAUAUACAUCAGAUUAAAAAUCAAAUAAAUAAAAAAUAAAAAUUAGAUUAAAAUAAAUAGGGUAGGAGGUUCUCUAAAUGUUUAGGGAAAAUUGUAAAAAUGUAAAAAAUAAAUCAAUAAUAAGAUUAAUAUAAAUGAAUAAAAAAUAGAUUUAAUAGAAUAAAUAAAUAAACGGAUCAAAAUAAAUAAAUAAAAUUAUAAUAAAACAUAGAGUAGGAGGUUCUCUAAAUGUUUAAAAAUCAACAUUAAAUAAUAAGAUAAUAUAAAUAUAAACAAAUAAUUUUUUUUUAAUUGAAUAAAAAAAUAACAUUAUAUUAAAAUAAACAAAUAAAUACAUAAAAAUAAAAUUUAGGGGUAAAAUAGGGGUCUGUUUAUUUUUCUCCAUCUCUCUAAAAAAUGCUGGGUUAUUUAUUUUUAUUUUUAUUUUUUUAUUUUUUUUAACCUAAAUGAUGAGUUCAGGCUGUUGGGUCAUUUUUAUGUAGUCGCAUUUUUAUGUAGUCAUUUUUGUGUUGUGUGUUAGUUUGCUCCUGCGAUCUCAUAUGUUACCUUGUGAAUUAAUAAAGAAGUGUUUGUUUGGAUUCUACUGUGUCGUGUGAUUACUAGCAUGGCAAUUGGAUUCUUUUUAAUAUUUUUACCCAGGUGCUAGGCCAUUUACUGUCAAUACAAGUGCUGGGUCGAUUUAACCCAAUGUUGGGUAGUCUGUGCCAAUCCAGUUAAAACUUUACAUUUGUCAAAGUCAUUUUAUUACUGUACGAAU